GCUGCUGUCAAAACAAAGCCUGCGAUGUAAACGUAAACAAACGUGAGUGCGAAAGAAGCGUUGUACAAGUUCAAAAAUUUUGUAACUAAUUUUUAGUAGUUAAAACUUCAUAAAAUGGCCCAAGCUACCGUGUCAAAUCAGUCUACAUUGUUACCUCUUGAACUGGUGGACAAGUGCAUCGGUUCGCGGAUACACAUCAUCAUGAAGAACGACAAGGAAAUCGUCGGAACGCUGUUGGGAUUCGAUGAUUUCGUGAAUAUGCUGCUGGAGGAUGUGACCGAGUACGAAAACACUUCCGAGGGUAGGCGAAUCACCAAGCUGGACCAGAUUUUGCUGAACGGGAACAACAUAACCAUGCUUGUUCCUGGAGGUGAUCUACCGGAGGCAAACUAAAAGCCUAAAAGGCUAACAGCUUCAAGACCCAUCUUGUUUCGAAUUAUACCGGUAACUAAUGAAGGUAUGACAUAUUAUUUAAGAAAA